GAGCUGAAUUGGUUGGUCCUUCAGGUUGGGUCAAAACUCCUCAACAGAAAACGAAUAAACGAUUUCUUGUUAACACAAUUAGGCAUGCAGUGAACUCCAACAAUUACUAUUCCACCAAAAAUUCUCACAAACCAAGUAACAAAUCUUCUAAAAAUGAACGUAAACCAGAGCCAACUAUCAAGAAAGACAGACCAAAAAGACGACAUUAAAAUGACGGAAUAUAAUAUCAAUGACAUUAUCCAAUCGAUUGUUUGUUUAAAUGAUGGUGGCUGGACACCAUCAAAUGUUAUUCCUUUAGUUCAGAAAGAAAUAGAAAAAAUUCAUGCAGAGACAAUACAAAGUGUGUGUAAUAAUAGCUUUGAUGUACCAGCAGUUUUCUCUGAAGCAAAUGAUUUAAGAGCAGAGAGUCAAUUGUUAAUAGAAGAAAUAAAAACCUGCAAACAUGAGAUAGAAGCAAACACUAUGGCAGAAGUGCUAAAGUCCAUUGAGAGCCAUGAUUUAAUUUCUAAAGAGAUCGAUUCAGUGAAUUUUGCUCACAGCAUUGUUAAAGAUGCUAUCCUAUGUGGAAAAUAUUUAAAAGAAUUUGAAGAAGGUAAAAAACUGCAAAGUUUCACAAAGGCUGUAGAAUCUGUGUAUGAUUUGCUUUUAUUUGUUGACAAACCGAAAUAUGGGUUUGACCAAUUAGAAAUAUAUAACAAUGCUAAAGUAACUGGUCAGUUAAUAAUGGAAAAUCUGGUUCAUGACUUGACAUUAGAAUGGGACAAAAUGGUCUGUUUGAACAAAAGUACAGAAGAAAAUAGAACUACAGUCUCUGUAGCAAUGACCAUGGGCGAGACUGCAUUGUGUAUAGAUGUAUUAAAUGCACUUGAUAAAUGUAAGAGAUUGGAUGAAAAGGUGUCUCAAAUGUCCCGAUUUCUAUUGGAUGACAUUCUAGUGCCUAUCAUGAAUGAGUCCUGUUUAAUAGAAGAACAUGAGAAUGGCUCUAAUCUCCGAUUAGUGUUUGAUCACAAAGUUAGCACCAAGCCUCAAUAUGACGAGGUUAUAAAGAAUAUGACUUAUAUUUUCUCGUACAUAAGUAAAUUUUUGGAUUUUGAAUUCAAAAAUAACACUACAUUAAUGAUUCUUCUUGGUAGAAAUAUAAGUUCCGAGUUUACUGAUUUGAUUGUAGAAAAUGUUUUUAUUCAUACUGUACCAAGUAAUAUAACUCAAUUAUAUUCUUAUGACCAAGUCACAACAGCUAUUGAGAAAUUUCAAGGAUUCCUUUCAACUGUCCAUUUCUUCCCUGAGGAAGGUUACACUCUAUUAAGUUACAUGAAAGACAUUAAUUCACUAUUUGCAGAACGUGCAAGUAAAUACAUUUUAGAAUCUGCUAGAACAAUAAUGCUUAAAGACCUCAGUACUGCAAUGUCUAUUGGUGUUGAGAAAAUACCUGAAAAUAGUGAUAAAUUGAAGUCGGAACCAACAGAUGUUGAUGUAAUAGAAGCACUGGAUGUGCUGGAUAAGACAAUACCUAACAGUCUACUUUUCUUCCCCCGGUGUAUGAUAUCAAAGAGUGCUCAGGAGUUAUUGGACCUUGUGAUUGAAACAAUGGAGCAAGCUGUCCAGAGCAGUGAUAUUGCCUCCAGGAAAUUGUACAAUACUGCCCGAUUAAUAUUUGAGCUCUAUGAUGCUGUUGUUCCCUAUCACCAUGAGAUUUUUCUGCUAUCUAUUCCACAAUAUGUUGCCCUGUUUCACAACAACUGUAUGUACCUUGCGCACAAUCUUCAGACCCUAGGUGACAAAUGGUCGAAUCUCAUGGAUGGUUCUUGUGUAAAUUAUGCAAUCAGCUUUCUGGACCUAGUUCAGAAGAUGAGAAAUCUAGGCUAUAAGUACCUAACAAUGCAGCUACAACAGCAACGGAAGCAAAUUCUGGAUAACAUACGCUCAUCUGAUAUGAACUGCCUGAUAGGUAAGGAUGUCUUGGGGGACAAUGCCGAGGCAGCAGUUCGUCAGUGUCUGCGACAGCUACAACUACUCAAGAAUGUGUGGAUUGGUGUGUUUCCUCACAAUGUCUUCACCAGACUGAUUGCGACUCUAGUCAACAUGUUCCUGGAAGAGCUGAUUCACCGGGUGUGCACUGUCGAGGACAUAUCCGUGGAAAUGGCUACACAGUUAACAUACAUGUAUAAUAUAGUCGUGCAAAAAGUGCCACACAUGUUCCAUACACAAAUGGACGUUGAAAAAUAUGUGGUGUCUUGGGCAAAAUUCAAAGAAUUAAUCUUCAUACUUGGUGCGUCACUGCGGGAUCUAGAAAGUCAUUGGAAUGAUGGCAAUGGACCAUUGGCCGUUUACUUCUCUGUGGAAGAGCUGAGGAGUCUUAUUAAAGCAUUAUUCCAAAAUACACAGUUUCGCGCAAAUUUCUUGUCUAAAAUUAAAUAGAUGUUGUGUUCUAUAAUUUGUUUCUAUUAAAUGGUGUAUAGAAAAA